GCACAUACACAUAUUUAUGUUUUGUAUGUAAUUAUUUUUUAGUGUAUUCAUCGCCAACCACGUUAAAAGGAAGAACGUGAAUGUGAAUACAAAACCAACACAAAACUAAAAACAAAAAGAAAAAUUUAUACUAAAUCGUCGAUUCACAUCCAUUUCCUUCUGGCAGUGCAUGUAAAAGUCCACAAAGGCGUAUUUGAGUAGCACCGUCAGGCCACAGCACAGUCUCUGUCCUGAUAUUCCUCCAAUUUGCACAAAGGGUCGUUAAGAGCAACAAGAAAGCAAAAUGUCUGGCGAGGAAACGUCUGCCGAUCGCAAUGUCGAGAUCUGGAAAAUAAAGAAGCUUAUUAAAAGCCUGGAAAUGGCACGUGGCAAUGGCACCAGCAUGAUUUCGUUGAUUAUUCCGCCUAAGGAUCAAAUUUCUCGCGUCAGCAAAAUGUUGGCCGAUGAAUUUGGCACGGCCUCCAAUAUCAAGUCGCGUGUAAAUCGCCUAUCCGUCCUGGGCGCCAUCACGUCGGUACAGCACAGACUUAAAUUAUACACCAAAGUGCCUCCCAAUGGUUUGGUCAUUUAUUGCGGCACAAUUGUCACAGAGGAGGGCAAGGAGAAGAAAGUAAACAUUGAUUUUGAACCGUUCAAGCCGAUCAACACCUCGCUAUAUCUGUGCGACAACAAGUUCCAUACGGAGGCACUCACUGCCUUGCUGGCUGAUGACAACAAAUUUGGUUUUAUUGUGAUGGACGGUAACGGCGCACUCUUUGGUACACUGCAGGGUAAUACGCGCGAAGUUUUGCACAAAUUCACCGUCGAUCUGCCGAAGAAGCACGGACGUGGUGGUCAGUCUGCGCUCCGUUUUGCCCGUCUUCGUAUGGAGAAGCGUCACAAUUAUGUGCGCAAAGUCGCCGAGGUGGCCACUCAAUUGUUCAUUACAAAUGAUAAGCCAAACAUUGCUGGCCUUAUUCUGGCCGGUAGUGCGGACUUUAAAACUGAGCUCAGCCAAUCGGACAUGUUCGAUCCGCGUCUACAAACGAAAGUGAUCAAACUGGUGGACGUGUCAUAUGGCGGCGAGAAUGGCUUUAAUCAGGCCAUCGAACUGGCUGCCGAAUCGUUGCAGAAUGUCAAAUUUAUACAGGAAAAGAAACUUAUCGGUCGCUACUUUGAUGAAAUUUCUCAAGAUACUGGCAAAUAUUGCUUUGGCGUUGAAGACACAUUGCGCGCUUUGGAGCUGGGCUCAGUGGAGACUCUUAUUUGUUGGGAAAACCUGGACAUUCAACGCUAUGUACUGAAGAAUCAUGCCAACUCGACGUCAACGACAGUAUUACACUUGACGCCCGAGCAGGAAAAGGAUAAGUCUCACUUCACGGACAAGGAAAGCGGCGUUGAAAUGGAAUUAAUCGAGUCUCAGCCGCUGUUGGAAUGGCUAGCGAACAACUACAAAAUGUUUGGCGCUACACUUGAGAUUAUUACCGACAAGUCUCAAGAGGGAAGUCAGUUUGUGCGAGGCUUUGGCGGCAUUGGCGGUAUCUUGCGCUACAAAGUGGAUUUCCAGAGCAUGCAGCUUGAUGAAUUGGACAAUGACUGCUUCGAUUUAGAUGACUACUAGAUAAUUUUCACUGUUGUAAUCAGUUUUUAAAAUCAUCUCCAUUGACCGUAAACUGAAAACUGUUAAUGCAUACUGCAAAAGUAAAUGAUUAAAAGAAA